GCUUUGCCCGGCAUUGCCCGCCGUUGCCCCGGACAAAAUCCGCCUCCUCCGUGUCCUUGUCGGUGUCGGUGUCCUCCGGUGCAGCGCCAUGGUGAAAGUCAAUGGGGAUUUCACAAUCGAGACCAUCACCACGAAGCCCAUCGAGGGGCAGAAGCCAGGGACCUCCGGCCUGCGGAAGAAGACCAAGAUCUUUAUGGAGGGCACGUAUCUUGCCAACUACGUCCAGAGUGUCUUCAACACACUGCAAGAAGAGAAGGUUCCAGUACAAGGUGGAACCUUGGUGGUCUCCGGCGAUGGCCGAUUUUGGAACCCCGAGGCCAUCCAAAUCAUCAUCAAAAUGGCCUUCGCCGCUGGCGUGGCCCGGGUGUGGUGUGGCACCAAAGGCCUUCUCUCCACACCGGCCACCUCGGCUGUGAUCCGAUGCCGGGGAGGAAAAGGCUACGAGCCUUUUGGAGGAUUUAUUUGCUCCGCGUCACACAACCCGGGUGGCAUCGACAACGAUUUUGGCAUUAAGUACAACUGCGAGAAUGGAGGCCCAGCACCCGAAAAGCUGACCAACAAGAUGGUCGAAUGGACUGCCAAGAUUACGGAAUUGAAGACUUGCAGUAAGCUCCCUGACUUUGACCUUUCCAAGCCACAGCUCUUUGAAUUGCCCAACGGCAAAUCAGUGGAAGUCUUCGACUCCGUGGCCGACCAUUUGGCGAUUUUGAAGAAUUGCUUUGACUUUCCUUGCAUCAAGAAGCUGGUUGCACAUCCAGAGUUCAGUAUGACCUAUGACUCCAUGUCCGGUGUCCAAGGGCCCUACGCCCUGCGCUUCUUUGAGCAGGAGUUGGGUGCACCUGCCGGGACCUCCAAGAACGCGGAGCCUUUGCCGGACUUCGGUGGCCCAAGCUCGGCCUGGCACGGGCAUGCUGAUCCCAACUUGACCUAUGCGGUGGAGCUGGUGAAAGACAUGGGACUCAACAAGGAGGGCAACAAGGUCUCCACCGGAAAGCCCAUCCCUAGCUUCGGCGCCGCGGCCGACGGCGACGCCGAUCGCAACAUGAUCUGCGGCUCGCAGUUCUUCGUGUCGCCCAGCGACUCCUUAGCGAUGAUCGUGGCCAAUGCGCACCUCAUCCCUCAGUUCAAGACAGGUCUCAGGGGAUGUGCUCGGUCCAUGCCGACCUCCGCCGCCUUGGACUUGGUGGCCAAAAAGAAGGGCAUUCCAUGCUUCGAAGUGCCGACGGGAUGGAAGUUCUUCGGCAACCUCAUGGACAGCGGAACAAGCUACUUUCCCGGCAAGGAGACAUACACGCCUUUCAUUUGUGGUGAAGAAUCCUUUGGGACCGGCGCAGAUCAUGUCCGAGAAAAGGAUGGCAUGUGGGCAGUAAUGGCUUGGCUUCAAAUCUUGGCCAAGAAGACUGAGGAGGCUGGCAAAUUGGUCUCCGUGGAGGACGUCGCCAAUGCCCACUGGAAGGAGUAUGGCCGGAACUACUACGCUCGCUAUGACUAUGAAGGGGUUGACAAGGCCAAGGCAGAGGAGAUGUUUGCUGCUAUGGAAGCGCAGACUGGCAAGCUGGUGGGAAAGGAGUUCCCAGGAGGUUUGAAGAUCAAGAUCAAUGACAUGUUCGAGUACACUGACCCUGUUGAUGGCAGCGUCUCCAAGAAACAGGGCCUGCGCUUCAUCUUUGAGGACAACUCUCGGAUUGUCUUCCGACUCUCCGGCACCGGCGUAGCAGGUGCCACGGUUCGUUUGUACCUUGAGAAGUACGAGCCUCCCAGUGGUGACCUCACGCAGCACCAGUUCGAGGUUGUGAAGCCCUUGGCGGCCAUCGCCCUGGAGUUGUCACAGUUAUCCAGCUACACCGGACGUGAUGCUCCCACGGUGAUCACCUGAGAGGAAACGGAGCGCGAGGAGCCUGGAGCUUCAUGAAAGUGUCAGAUGCAACAGAUGGGAGGCCGCAACCGAAAGCGGC